AUGCCGAAAAAUUCGACACCUUUCUUCUGUCAAACGGAUGGCAUUUGGCUCAGUAGACCAAGGAUGCUUUCCUGGAAGGCUGUCACGGAUUGUUGCUCGUGGGCCGGAGUCAUGUGCGAUCAUAUGACUGGUCAUGUGAUUCGCCUUGAACUUGGCUGCUACCCCCGAAACCAGACCUGCUACUCCUCUGUAGGGUCUUCAAACAGCACUGAACUAUCUACAUUGGGUCCGCUCACUCUUUCUUCUCCUCACAAAGCAGAAAGGCCAUCAGGGUCGAAUUCGAACAUGCUGCUUCAAAAUUUGACCAAGUUAAGAGUCCUCAUUCUCGAUGGGUUAAACAUGUCUGGCAUUAACGUGAGUCACUUAAUGAAUCUCUCUCCUUCUCUGGAAGUCCUCAGCCUCAGUUCCUGUAAAUUAUGCGGCAUGUUAGCAGCAAAAAUUUUCCUUUUGCCAAAGCUGACAUGUCUCGAUUUAUCAGGCAACAAGGAGCUUGUGGGUUACUUACCCGAAUCAACAUGGAAUAGCUCUUUGAAGGUUUUGGACUUGUCCUCCACAGGCUUCUCUGGAGUGUUACCAGAGUCCAUGGGCGACCUGCAUUCUCCGGGGAUCCUCUGCCUACACCAGUGUAAUUUCACUGGCUCUAUUCCAACGUCACUCGGUAACCUAACACGACUCACUAGAUUGGAACUCUCAUUCAAUGAGCUUAGUGGUCAGGUUCCUCCAACUCUGUCAAACCUUGAUCAGCUCACUCUGCUCGAUCUUUCCUCCAAUAAUCUCAUAGGUCCAAUACCUGAUGUCUUCGACAACAAGACACAACUUCAAAAACUGCUUUUCUCGCAUAACCUCUUCGCAGGCAUUAUUCCUCCGAGCAUAACGAAUCUUUCCAAUCUAGCCCAACUUGACAUUUCCAAUAACCUCAUUGGUGGGUCUAUACCAUCAUCACUGUUCUCUCUUCCAUCCUUGACGAGCCUAGACCUCAGUAACAAUGGACUCAGUGGUCAAAUCGGCGAGUUCCUCGGUGCACCCUCAUUAGUCCAUGUUGACCUGAGUCGUAAUCAGUUGCGUGGCUCAAUCCCGAGCUCGAUUUUUCAGCUUGGGAACCUCACUGACUUGAGUAUCUCAGCAAAUAACCUGACUGGCGUUUUAGACCUACAAUUGCUCUCAAGACUCAAAAGUCUCACGAAUUUAGAUCUUUCAGACAACGAUUUGUCAAUGAGCAAUAGCAAAUAUGUCGAGCAUGACAUGCCAAACCUCUCAAAAGUCAGUCUUUCUGGGUGCAAUAUUACUGAAAUCCCUGCAAUCUUUGAGAAAUUCAACCAGCAUAGGAUAUAUAGACCUGUCGGGCAACAAAAUCCACGGGGAUACCCCGUCAUGGAUGUGGGAUGGCCGCUUACACCUCCAUCACUCCCAAACUCUCUUCUCGUCUUCUCGCUAGCUAGCAAUCAAUUGACUGGCUAUAUCCCUGGUUCUAUCUGUGAAACGAAGGGUCUACAAAUUCUUGACCUCUCUCGUAACAAUUUCGUUGGAACAAUCCCUCAAUGUCUAGGGAACAUCAACCACAGCCUUUUAGUGUUGGAUCUGCAAGAAAAUGGACUCUCCGGCACUAUCUCACUCACAUUCGGUGAAAAUGCUGUCCUGAGAAGUCUUCACCUCAAUGGAAACAAAUUUGAAGGCCUGUUGCCACGCUCUCUAAUCAAUUGCAUGCAACUCGAAGCGCUGGAUCUCAGCGGUAACAAGUUGAACGACACUUUCCCAAGAUGGUUGGAAACACUUCCUAGCCUGCGGGUCUUGAUCUUGCAAUCAAACAGACUUCACGGCUCCAUAGGCAACCCCAGAACUGAAUUUCCCUUUCCGCAGUUGCGCAUUCUCUACCUUUCCUCCAAUGAGUUCACCGGUCCUUUGCCCAGUGCCUACUUUGCAAAGCUGAAAGCGAUGAUGUCGACUGAUCAGGAUGGAUCCAGGUUGCAAUACAUGGACCAAGGUUACUGCCAGGAUUCCAUGAAUGAGACGAUGAAAGGACUUGAAGUGCAUCUCCCUAAAAUCCUAGUGACCCGGACAACCGUUGAUCUAUCAAGCAACAAGUUCCAGGGAAUGAUUCCUGAUGUCAUAGGAGAACUAGGAUUACUCAAGGGGCUCAACCUUUCUCACAAUAAUCUCGAAGGCCAUAUACCAUCAUCUUUGGGGGACCUUUCCGAGCUUGAAUGGUUGGAUCUUUCUUGA